UGUGGUGGUGGUGGUGGGAAUGGUGGUGAUGGUGGUUGUGGUUGUGUUGGUGAUGGGGAUGGUCGUUGUGGUUGUGGUAGUGGCGUUGAUGGUGUUGGUGUUGGUCAUGGUAAUGGUGGUGAUGUUUGUGGUUGUGUCGGCGAUGGUGGUUGUGAUUGUGGUGGUUGUGGUUUUGUUGUUGUUGGUGGUGAUGGUGUUGGUGGUGUUGAUGGUUAUGGUUGUGGUGGUUGUGGUUCUGUUGUUGUUGUUGUUGGUGGUGGUGUUGGUGUUGAUGAUUAUGGUUGUGGUGGUUGUGGUUUUGUUGUUGUUGUUGGUGAUGGUGGUGGUGGUGAUGAUAGUGAUGUUGGGGGGUUCAACUGACAUUUGUAACGGUAACACAUCCUACUCUUCAAAAACUAAUUUUGCGGAUUUUCGGGACUUAAGUUUUACCUCCAUUCUUUUAUUUUUUGUACACAAGUACACGAAUGAUGUGAUAGUUGGACUUUGUUCGAGUGAUCUUCACUGA